UUUUAUGUCAUAGAUUAUAGACACGCUCGCCCAGCCCUUGGGCAUGCUCCUCUACGUUCUCUAUCGUUUUUUUGACUAGGCAACCUCAUCGUAGGGGGCCGAAUUGUAACCUCUGCAUCGUCCCUCUCUCUUUCCGGUUUAUCGAUCCCUUCAGUUUCACGCAAUACAAUCUGUACAAAUCAAAGCAUUAACACACUCGAAGCGUCGAUCCGUCUUCAAGGUAGCAUUAACCGCUUCCUCCAUCACAGUUUCUUCAUUCAAUGGCAAAUCGGCGGAACCUUGAUUUGAUCCGUGGGUUAUAUAUAUUAUUAAAUGGGGAUUGGGGAUUUGCUAGGUGAAAAGUAGAAGUAACUAUUCAAUGGAAGAGGAAGAAGUGCAAGAGCACAUAGCAAUUUCUAGGAAUGAUUUGGAAAUUCUUGAAGAAGGUGAGAGUGGUGAAGAGAAAAGUAUAGGAACAUCACAUCAAGAAAGUGUUAAUAUUGUUAGUGGUGAGGGAGAUGAUAUAAGAAAUGAUAAUGUAGCCUUGCAAGGGGUAAAUUCUGUGACCACCGUCGUUGAUGAAGACCAGUUUGAGCCGGUAUCCUUGAAAGAUCAGGACAAAGAUACUGGUGAAUCUCAGAGUGAUCUUGAUGAUUUAAACAGAUCAUUUAAUUCUGAAAAUGUCAAACAGUUCUCUAGUGAUAUUGAGGAAAUCUCAGAAUUGUCAUCUGGGAAAUUUUCAACAGAAUUUGAUGCUUCCCCCACUGCUGAGAUGCAACCGGAUCAUACCAGUUUGAGUCCACUGCCUGGGAAACAAUCAGGUCAUUCCAUAAAGCAGUCUUCUUCAUCUACUAGUCUAGAAUCCAUUUUGUAUGGGGAUAGUGGAUAUUCUCCGGUUGGUUCACCACCGAAACCUCGGCCUAAACCCGUUAUGCCAAAUGUGUCUCCGGAGCUUUUGCAUUUGGUGGAUUCUGCUAUCAUGGGAAAACCUGAAAGCUUGGACAAAUUGAAAAAUGUUGUCAGUGGCAUAGAGAGUUAUGGAAAUGGACAGGAGACUGAGAACAUUGCUUUGCUGGUUGUUGAUUCACUUCUCGCCACUAUGGGUGGUGUUGAAAGUUUUGAAGAAGAUGAGGAUAAUAACCCUCCUAGUGUGAUGCUGAACUCUCGGGCUGCCAUUGUAGCGGCUGGGCUUAUUCCUUGGCUUCCAUGGUUGGGUGAUUGUGAGGGUGUCAUGUCCCCAAGGACACGAAUGGUUAGAGGGUUGCUUGCUAUAUUGCGUGCUUGCACAAGAAACAGAUCGAUGUGCUCCACAGCUGGUUUGUUAGGAGUUCUUUUAGGGACAGCUGAAAGGAUCUUCGUACAUGAAGUUGGUUCAAUGGAGCAGAUAAGAUGGGAUGGUACUCCAUUAUGCUACUGCAUCCAGUACUUAGCUGGGCAUUCACUUAGUGCAAUUGAUUUGCAUAGGUGGUUUCAAGUCAUCACCCGAACACUGACCACUGCAUGGGCGACCCGGUUAAUGCUUUCGUUGGAGAAGGCCAUUAGUGGAAAGGAGUCGAGGGGUCCAGCAUGCACAUUUGAAUUUGAUGGUGAAAGCUCUGGUUUGCUUGGUCCAGGAGAGGGCCGUUGGCCAUUCACCAAUGGAUAUGCUUUUGUAACAUGGAUCUACAUUGAAUCAUUUGCAGACACACUAAAUACAGCAACUGCUGCUGCUGCAAUUGCUGCUGCUGCUGCAGCUAAAUCUGGAAAAUCAUCGGCCAUGUCUGCUGCUGCUGCAGCAAGUGCACUUGCUGGUGAAGGCACAGCCCACAUGCCACGGCUCUUUAGUUUCUUGUCUGCUGAUAAUCAGGGGGUUGAAGCGUACUUUCAUGCACAGUUUCUGGUAGUUGAAAGUGGCGGUGGAAAGGGAAAGAAAGCUUCCUUGCAUUUUACUCAUGCAUUCAAGCCACAAUGCUGGUACUUCAUUGGUCUGGAGUAUACAUGCAAACAGGGGCUACUUGGAAAAGUUGAGAGUGAGCUUAGGUUGUAUAUUGAUGGAUCACUCUAUGAAAGUCGACCCUUUGAGUUCCCCCGGAUCUCCAGGCCCCUUGCAUUUUGCUGCAUUGGGACAAAUCCUCCUCCCACAAUGGCUGGCUUACAGCGUCGUCGUCGUCAGUGCCCUCUUUUUGCUGAGAUGGGGCCUAUAUAUAUCUUUAAAGAACCAAUUGGACCAGAAAGGAUGGCGCGUUUGGCCUGUAGAGGAGGGGAUGUGGUUCCUUCUUUUGGUAACGGGGCAGGAUUACCAUGGCUAGCAACCAAUGACCAUGCACGGACCAUGGCAGAAGAAAGUUCACUUUUGGAUGCUGAAAUUGCUGGCUGCCUUCACCUUCUUUAUCAUCCCAAGUUGCUUAGUGGGCGUUUCUGUCCAGAUGCUUCCCCUUACGGUGCUGCAGGGACACUCCGAAGACCAGCUGAGGUUCUUGGGCAGGUCCAUGUUGCUACAAGGGUGCGGCCAGUAGAGGCUUUGUGGGCCUUAGCCUAUGGUGGCCCAUUGUCUUUACUUCCUCUAGUGGUAAGCAAUGUGCAUAAAGAUAGCUUGGAACCACAACUAGGGGAUCUUUCUUUGUCUUUGGCCACUGCUUCUCUCGCUGCCCCAAUUUUCAGGGUUAUUUCCAUGGCUAUUCAACACCCAAGUAACAAUGAAGAGUUGUGUCGUACAAGAGGGCCUGAGGUUUUGUCAAGAAUAUUAAACUAUCUUCUGCAAACUUUAUCUUCUCUUGACAUUGAGAAGCGCAAUGCGAUUGGUGAGGAAGAACUUGUUGCAGCAAUUGUUUCUCUAUGUCAAUCUCAGAAAAUUAAUCAUGCUCUUAAAGUGCAGCUUUUUGGUACCCUGCUACUAGAUCUGAAAAUUUGGAGCUUAUGUAACUAUGGGCUGCAGAAGAAGCUUCUAUCAUCACUUGCUGACAUGGUUUUUACUGAGUCAUCUGUGAUGCGUGAUGCUAAUGCUAUUCAGAUGCUUCUUGAUGGCUGCAGGAGAUGCUAUUGGACAGUUCGUGAGCAAGACUCCGUGGAGACAUUUUCGUUCAAUGAGGAAUCACGUCCUAUUGGUGAAGUUAAUGCUUUGGUUGAUGAACUCUUAGUGGUUAUUGAACUAUUAAUUGGAGCUGCAUUGCCUUCAUUGGCUGUAGAUGAUGUAUGCCGUUUACUUGGGUUCAUGGUUGACUGUCCACAACCUAAUCAGGUUGCUCGGGUGUUACACUUGAUGUAUAGGCUGGUGGUACAGCCGAAUGCAUCUAGAGCUCAUACAUUUGCAGAGGCAUUUAUAUCAUGUGGUGGGAUAGAAACACUUCUUGUCCUCCUGCAACGGGAAGCUAAAGCUGGUGAUGAUAGCAUUCCAGAAUCAUCUAUUGAGACUGGUGAAAAAUUCCCACUCGAAGGAUCUGAACCAGAAAGUAGUACUGAGGGAUUAGAAAGUAAUCAGGGCGAGGAUGUUGGAUCCCUGGAGGAAAAGGAUUUUGUUUCCCAGGAUAAAGAAUUUGGAUCUGAUUCCUUUAGUAGAGCAGAUAACUGUGCAGCUGUUUCCGUGGGCGUGAAUAUUGAAAGAAUGGUUUCUGCUUCGGAGACUUCUUUCAUGAAGAAUGUGGGUGGCAUAAGUUUUUCGAUUAGUGCUGACAAUGCGAGGAAUAAUGUGUACAAUGUUGACAAAAGUGAUGGAAUUGUUGUUGGGGUCAUUGGCUUGUUGGGUGCUUUAGUGCCAUUGGGUUACCUGAAAUUUGGAUCAAGAUCCCCUACAGAUAUGGCAGGCAAGCUUCUGGGCGAUGGGCUGCAUGAGGGAUCUGGUACCAUGUUUGAUGACAAGGUUUCUCUUCUUCUUUUUGCCUUACAGAAGGCAUUUCAAGCAGCACCACAUCGUCUUAUGACUGCCAAUGUAUAUACAGCAUUGCUUGGAGCCUCGAUUAAUGCUUCUUCAACAGAGGAUGGAUUGAACUUCUAUGACUCUGGCCAUAGAUUUGAGCAUUUACAGCUUUUGUUAGUUCUUCUACGUUCACUCCCUUAUGCAUCUAGAGCAUUGCAAAGUCGAGCAAUACAGGAUCUUCUGUUUUUGGCUUGCAGUCAUCCAGAAAACAGAAACAGUCUCACUAAAAUGGAGGAAUGGCCAGAGUGGAUUUUGGAAGUUCUUAUUUCAAAUUACGAGAUGGAUUUGAGUAAACAUUCAUGUCCUGGAAGCUUAGGAGACAUAGAAGAUCUUGUGCAAAGUUUCCUGAUUAUAAUGCUAGAGCAUUCAAUGCGCCAAAAGGAUGGAUGGAAGGAUAUUGAAGCAACAAUUCAUUGUGCAGAAUGGCUUUCUAUGGUUGGUGGAUCUAGCACCGGAGACCAACGUAUUAGACGUGAAAAGUCAUUGCCCAUAUUCAAGAGAAGGCUGUUGGGUGACCUACUGGAUUUUGCUGCCAGAGAAUUGCAAGUUCAGCAGACCCAAGUUAUUGCUGCAGCUGCUGCUGGUGUUGCGGCUGAGGGUUUGUCACCAAAAGCGGCUAAGGCAGAAGCAGAGAAUGCUGCUCAGCUUUCCGUGGCUUUGGUUGAGAAUGCAAUUGUGAUUCUAAUGCUUGUUGAGGAUCACCUACGUCUGCAAAGUAAAUUAUGUAGUGCGGUGCGUUUAAAAGAUGGUUCCACAUCUCCCUAUUCUUCUGCUCCUUCCUUGGGAAAUCGCUCGAAUUCAUUGACCACAAUAGGAGAAUCCUUAGAAGCUUUUGGUGAUAACCAAUCAUCAUCUAGUGAUGCUGGAGGGCUCUCUCUUGAUGUUCUUGCUUCUAUGGCUGAUGCAAAUGGGCAAAUUUCUGCAACAGUGAUGGAACGUCUUACUGCAGCAGCUGCAGCAGAGCCGUAUGAAUCUGUUUCGUGUGCUUUUGCAUCAUAUGGGAGCUGUGCUAUUGAUUUAGCAGAGGGUUGGAAAUACAGGAGCCGACUCUGGUAUGGAGUUGGCCAUUCAUCAAAAACAAGUAUCUUUGGUGGUGGCGGCAGUGGCUUGGAAUCUUGGAAGUCCACUUUGGAAAAAGAUGCAAGUGGAAACUGGAUUGAACUUCCUCUAAUAAAGAAAUCAGUUGCCAUGCUCCAGGCUUUGUUAUUAGAUGAGUCUGGACUUGGUGGUGGUCUCGGUAUAGGAGGAGGAUCAGGCACUGGAAUGGGAGGAAUGGCAGCACUUUAUCAGUUGUUGGACAGUGAUCAACCAUUCUUAUGCAUGCUUCGCAUGGUGCUUGUUUCAAUCAGGGAAGAAGAUAAUGGGGAUGAUACCAUGCUUAUGAGGAAUGUGAGUACUGAGGAUGGAAUGCUAGAAGGAUUGCACCGAGAAGCUAGCAGUGCCAUGUCCCUGGAUAAUAAUGCUCGAAUGUCAGCUAGGAAACCACGGUCAGCUCUACUAUGGAGUGUGCUUUCGCCUGUUCUAAACAUGCCAAUUUCUGAGUCCAAGAGACAAAGAGUCUUGGUUGCAUCUUGCGUUCUAUACUCAGAGGUCUGGCAUGCAGUGAGCAUGGACAGAAAACCUCUUCGUAAGCAGUACCUAGAGGCCAUUUUACCCCCAUUUGUAGCAAUUUUGAGGAGGUGGCGGCCACUUUUGGCAGGAAUUCAUGAACUUGCCACUGCAGAUGGUCUCAAUCCUCUUGUUGUUGAUGAUCGUGCAUUGGCUGCUGAUGCACUGCCUAUAGAGGCUGCUCUUGCCAUGAUAUCUCCAGCCUGGGCUGCUGCUUUUGCAUCACCACCUGCUGCAAUGGCACUCGCAAUGAUUGCUGCUGGUGCAGCUGGAGGGGAAACGUCGAUGCCUACUACUACCACACAGCUCAGGCGCGACUCCUCAUUGCUUGAGAGGAAAACAACUAGGCUUCAUACAUUUUCAAGCUUCCAAAAACCUUUGGAGAUUCCUAAUAAAUCACCAUCUGUUCCCAAGGACAAGGCUGCUGCAAAAGCUGCUGCUUUGGCAGCUGCACGGGAUCUUGAACGCAAUGCCAAAAUUGGUUCUGGAAGAGGUCUUAGUGCUGUAGCAAUGGCCACAUCUGCCCAGAGAAGGAAUGCUUGUGAUGCAGAGCGAGUGAGGAGAUGGAAUAUUUCUGAGGCCAUGGGAAUUGCCUGGAUGGAAUGCCUGCAGUCAGUUGAUACAAAAUCAGUUUAUGGGAAAGAUUUCAAUGCUCUAACCUAUAAAUUUGUUGCAGUCUUAGUGGCUAGUUUUGCUUUAGCAAGAAACAUGCAACGAUUAGAGACUGACAGGCGCACACAGGUUGAUGUUGUAGCUCGGCAUCGGUUAUGCACUGGAAUUCGUGCAUGGCGCAAACUUGUCCACCGCUUGACUGAGAUGAAAUGUCUUUUUGGGCCAUUUAGCGACCGUUUAAGCAACCCUGAGCAUGUUUUCUGGAAGCUAGACUUUAUGGAAAGUUCUUCAAGGAUGAGACUAUGUCUUAGGAGGAACUACGAAGGGUCUGAUCAUCUGGGAGCUGCUGCUACUUAUGAAGAUCAUGCAGGGAUGAAACAUGAUCAAGAAAAUGUCAUAAGUCCAUCUAAAGCUUCUAUUUUGGCAGCUGAGGCAAUCUCAAUGCAGGUGAUGAAUGAAGAUGAUGAGCAGGCAGAUAUGGAUAAUUUUGAGGAGAGGUCAUCUGAUAUAGAGCAGAGCAGGGAGAACCAGCGAAGGUUGCCUAUAGAUGAGCAACCUUUGCAGACAUCAAGAGAAUCUACAGGUACCCAAACUACUGGUGACGAAGACUUGAUCCAAAAUCCAUCUCCAGUUGCCUCUGGGUAUGUUCCUAGUGAACUUAAUGAAAGGAUUGUUCUUGAGCUUCCUUCAUCAAUGGUCCGACCAUUGAGAGUUCUACAAGGAACCUUUCAAAUAACAACAAGGAGAAUAAACUUCAUAGUUGAGAAUGCUGAGUGUAAUACUGGGGAGGAUGGCCUGGAAUUCAGUUCUGAACUUAGAGAUCAGGAAAAGGAUUGGAGCUGGUUGAUUUCUUCUCUACAUCAAAUAUAUAGCAGAAGAUAUCUCCUGAGGAGAAGUGCGCUCGAAUUGUUUAUGGUCAACCGGUCGAAUUUCUUCUUUGAUUUUGGGAGUACUGAGGGAAGAAGAAAUGCAUAUCGAGCCAUUGUUCAAGCACGCCCUCCUCAUUUGAACAAUAUUUAUCUGGCUACUCAGAGACCAGAACAACUUCUGAAGAGAACUCAGCUCAUGGAGCGUUGGGCUAGGUGGGAGAUUAGCAAUUUUGAAUAUCUAAUGCAGCUCAAUACACUGGCUGGGCGAAGUUAUAAUGACAUUACACAGUAUCCAGUUUUUCCAUGGGUUCUUUCUGAUUACAGUUCACAGAGUUUGAAUCUUGAUGAUCCUUCUUCAUUCCGGGAUCUUUCAAAGCCCAUUGGUGCAUUGAAUGCUGAAAGACUUGAAAAAUUUCAGGAAAGAUACUCCAGCUUUGAUGAUCCAGUUAUCCCCAAAUUCCAUUAUGGUUCACAUUACUCGGCAGCUGGAACAGUGUUAUAUUAUCUUGUUAGAGUGGAGCCAUUUACUACUCUCUCAAUCCAACUUCAAGGUGGGAAGUUUGAUCAUGCGGACAGAAUGUUUUCUGAUAUUGGAGCUGCUUGGAAUGGCAUUCUUGAGGAUAUGAGUGAUGUGAAGGAAUUGGUUCCUGAGCUCUUUUAUCUUCCAGAGAUCUUAACAAAUGAAAACUCAAUUGACUUUGGUACAACACAACUUGGAGAAAAGUUUGAUUGCGUCAGACUUCCCCCUUGGGCUGAGAAUCCGGUUGAUUUUAUCCAUAAGCACCAAAUGGCUCUCGAGAGUGAGCAUGCCUCAGCACACUUGCAUGAAUGGAUUGAUCUUAUAUUUGGGUAUAAGCAACGAGGAAAAGAAGCUGUAUUGGCAAAUAAUGUUUUCUUCUACAUAACCUAUGAAGGGACAGUUGAUAUUGAUAAAAUCACUGACCCGGUGCAACAACGUGCUACACAAGAUCAGAUUGCAUACUUUGGGCAAACACCAUCCCAACUCUUGACUGUUCCUCACUUGAAGAAAAUGCCAUUGUCAGAUGUUCUUCACUUACAGACCAUCUUUCGCAACCCAAAAGAACUCAAACCAUAUGCUGUUCCAACCCCGGAACGCUGCAAUCUACCAGCCGCUGCCAUUCAUGCAUCUUCAGAUUCUGUUGUAAUUGUUGAUAUGAAUGCUCCAGCUGCACACAUUGCACAACACAAGUGGCAGCCAAAUACACCUGAUGGCCAGGGAACACCAUUCCUGUUCCAGCAUGGCAAGGCUGUAGCAAGCUCCACUGGUGGAACAUUCAUGCGUAUGUUUAAAGGGCCAGCUGGUUCUUCUGAUGAGUGGCAUUUUCCCCAAGCAUUAGCUUUUGCAACUUCUGGAAUCAGACCCUCUGCUGUAGUUACCAUCACACGCGACAAAGAUAUUAUUACGGGUGGGCACAUGGAUAACAGUAUCAAGCUAAUAUCAUCAGAUGGAGCAAAAACAUUAGAAACCGCUACAGGGCAUUGUGCUCCAGUGACUUGUCUGGCUCUCUCUCCCGAUAGCAGCUAUCUCGUGACAGGAUCCCAGGAUACAACAGUUUUACUCUGGAGAAUGCAGCAGACAUCCAGUUCUCAAUCAAGCAGCAUAUCAGAGCCUUCUGGUGGCUCAAGCACACCAGUUUCUACCAGCAGCAGCACUGCUAACAUCUUGGUCGAUAGAGGCAGGAGGCAACGUAUAGAAGGGCCUAUAUAUGUUCUUCGAGGCCAUCUUAGAGAAAUAGUCUGCUGUUGUGUCAGCUCAGAUCUUGGUAUUGUUGUUUCAUGUUCCCAUUCAUCAGAUGUUUUGCUGCAUUCUAUCAGAAGGGGUCACUUAAUCAGAAGGCUUGUUGGGGUAGAGGCCCAUAUUGUUUGCCUUUCACCUCAAGGGGUUGUAUUAACUUGGAAUAAAUCACUUCACACAAUCAGUACCUUUACUCUUAAUGGAGUUAUGAUUGCUACAGCACAACUUCCGUUUGCCAGUAACAUCAGUUGCAUGGAAGUUUCUCUUUGCGGAGAGAAUGCUUUGAUUGGAAUGGUCUCAUGUUUGGAGACUGAUAGAGUCCCUGGAAAUAGCCAGGAUUUGAAGUUAAAGAAGUACGGACAUGAAAAUCUUGAUCCAGCAAUAGAUGAAACAAGGGAAAACAAUAGAAUGGAUGUUCCUAUCCCCACAAUUUGCUUCCUGAAUCUACAUACACUGAAGGUAUUUCAUACAUUGAAGUUGGGCGAAGGGCAGGAUAUUACUGCUGUUGCUCUCAACAAGGACAACACAAAUCUUUUGGUGUCAACAGCAGAUAAACAGUUGAUCAUCUUCACUGAUCCAGCGUUGAGCUUGAAAGUGGUGGAUCAAAUGCUCAAGCUCGGUUGGGAAGGUGAUGGGCUCAGCCCCCUCAUAAAGUGAAAGACAGUUCCAGGCGAUUGGGUUUGCCUUUUAUUAAACCAAGAGAGGGAUUGUAAUAGAAUCCCUGAUACUGGAACACCACUUACUGGAUUCUGCAAGGGCAGAUUGGCCAUAUCAUUCACAAUCAGAGUAUAAUUGGUUUACUUUGUCGUCGCAGCUGUCUUUGCAGUUGUAAUAUAUGUAUAUCAAAAGUAGAAAAGUUUCAGAUGGAACAGUUCUGAGGUGUUUAGAUUUUCUGCAGGCCGGUUUUUCUGCAAUUUUUUGCUCAAUUGGGUCUUUGGAUUUGUUGCUGUUGAGGUGAGUUAGGUUAGGCUUCAGGCUUGAAUUGUGUUCUAUCAAUUUUUUUUGAUCCAGUAGAGAAUGAAAGAUCCAGUAGUUAUUUUCUGGCGAGUGUUUUUUUUUUUUAAUUUUUAUGCAGCUCUCGGCUAUUAUAAAGCAAGAACUAGAAGAGCUGUACGUAUUGAAUUGAUUGGCAAUGUUACAUAAAAUCAUUUGAAUAGUUUAUCUAUAAUGCUACUGCUGUUUUUGUUGAA